AUGACUAUAGUUCUUUAUAACUACCGGGAAUUGGAGGAACGAGCAUCCAGACAUCUUAAUGUAUGGAAAGGUAAUGAAACUCAUCGCCUGGUGUUGGACACAUCACGUACCCUUUUCGGAUAUGACAGCGACUGUCAGUUCGCGGAGUACAUGCCCAUAAUGUCGACUAUUUUCGCGGCUUCAUGGGCCACGUUCUUCACCAUGUGCCCGGGAGGAGGACACUCGAGAUCAGGGGAUUGUACCGGUAUACAAAAAGUAUCCAAUAUAAAAUACCUUGGAGUCAUGUUGGACGAGAAAAUGACUUUCAAGGAACAUAUCGGUGCUAUGUUGGCAAGAACCCGCAAACUUAUCCCCGUAAAUAGAAUCAUAGGCAAGAGUCAAAUUAUUAAUCAAUGUUUACGAAAAUUUCACAAUACAACUGUGUCACCGGCCAAAGUAUUGUAUCCGCUUCGAAGUCGAUCUUUACUUAAAAUAAAAGGCCAAGAGGCUUCUGUUUUUCUACAGGGCUUGAUAACAAAUGAUAUGAAACAUUUUGAUGAUGGCGCCAGGUCUAUGUAUGCUAUGUUUCUUAACAACAAAGGUAGAGUGUUGUAUGAUACCCUCAUACACAGAUGGACAGAAGAAGAAUCUUUCAUGAUUGAGUGCGACAAACGUGUAUUGGAUCAAUUACAAAAACACUUGAAAAUUUACAAGUUAAAAAGAAAGGUGCAAAUAGAAGAUGUAAACAAUGAUCUAAUGUUAUGGGCAUUAAUAGAUUCUACACUGCCUGAAACAUCUGAUAUAAAAAGCACGUUUACUAUUUACAAUGACCCCCGUCUUGUUGAAUUAGGGUCAAGAAUUAUUUCGCCCCUUAAUUUACAAGUAUCAGAUAUUGUUAAGGCCCUUGGAGAUGAUGCAAUAGUGGAGAAUGAUGAAACUGGUUAUAGGUACUUAAGAUAUAAGUUAGGAGUAAGUGAAGGAGCUGAGGACUUGCCUCCAGGAAGUAGCUUCCCAUUAGAAGCUAACUGUGACUAUCUUCAUGGAGUUAGUUUUCAUAAAGGUUGUUAUAUUGGACAGGAAUUAACAGCUCGGGUCCAUCACACUGGUGUUGUGAGAAAAAGAAUCAUGCCCAUUAAGUUUAAUGAACAAAUAUCUGAAAACAUAGAUCUUAACACCGUUAUCUCAGCUAGUAACAAUCCUAAGAGUAAUUUGGGUAAAUUAAAGGCAAUAAUGAAUGACCGUGGAUUAGGAUUAAUCAGAGUCAAAGAAGCUCUCGAUGCAAAAGUUUUAUGCAUUGAUAAAUAUUCAGCAGAACCAUUAAAACCUUCUUGGUGGCCAAUGGAAGCCCCAAAGGAGAUUCAAAAGAAUGAAUAA